GUAGAAAUUCAAGUUCGCGGGGUCCAGUCAGCUCAGGAGUCGGACUGGAAGGACUGGAUCUUCAUUGAGACGCUAAGCAGACUCGCAAGCUGGACUUGCAUUCUGAACGCUGCCAUAUCGCUCCUCGACCCUGAAUCAACAUGUAUCGCAGCGCCUCAAGUUACAGCUGAAAUGAUCGUACCCUCAAACGACAGCCUCUGGCGAGCACCGUCAGCCAAAGAAUGGGCCCAUAACAAAGAAUGGCAGGCAUACAAGCCAGUGAAUCUCGUCGAAACCUCGAGACGAGUCUUCACUGGCGAGUUCCCCGCGGUACCCAUGAGCUCGUUCGGACUCCUCACGUUGAUCGGUGCUCUCGUAGCCAACAUUUGUGCCAGAGAACGGUACUCUCCUGAAAUGGCCCCCAUCCUUGACCGUGAGUACUGUGCAAAGAUGGAGAGGAGCCUUCAAGCAUGGGAGACUCUAUGGCGCAGUCACCCUCACGCUGAAGGCACGCAUAGCAUAAAGAGCGAUCCCUUGAUGUCGGACUGUCUGUCUCUGCUCAACUCUGCCCACCAUCAUCUGUAUAUGGGACAGGAACUCCAGAUUUUGAAGAGAAUUGCUAAAGAACCUGAAUGUCAUCUGGCAGUCCCCAAUAUUCCAACUGAUAAGAAGAUUCUGGUUGUCAUCAAGUACGCUGCAACUUCUUGGUUGGCGGAUACCGUAACAGGCGCCGCUCAUAGGCAGCGGAAGGCGGCAUUCGAAUUCGGUGGGCUUGGUCCAAUGGUCGCAUACGAGACUGCGCUGAUUAUCUCAUGGUGGCUGAGUCUUCGGCAAAGUCUCACAUUACCACCUUCUGCCUCUGUGCUAGAGGGAGAGAAAGAAAGCUUGGAAGCCAUCGACCACUUGUUUCAAGACAUUCUGAAGGAGCUAGAUGAGCAGUGCAUCUCGUUCGAUGGAGACCGUUCGGAUCUAGUUUCCCGAGCCCUGUUUCACUACCGAGUGUUGUUGGGGCAGUGGGUGUGGCCUUACACGAAUGCCAUGAACCACGCCCUGCAAGCCUUUGCAUCUCGAUUGUGCCAGGGAGAAGUCUGACAUUUCGCGUCAUAACGGCACGGCUCUCGCGGAAAGCUUGGCAAUGGGGUAGCUGUUCAAUCCGUGGAGGCGCAGAAAGACUACCUAUGAUGUGGGGUGACGGAUGCAUCCGUAGUAAAAGGCACCACGGACUGCGGAUUGGUCCGGCUGACUGGU